GAAUCAUCUAUAGGCGGAGGGAUAUUUGAGAAUUGCGUUACUCAAAUAUGAGUGAAGAUAAGUCGGACGAUGUUUUGCGACAUUUUAUCAAACAUACUGAGAAAUCAAAUGUAAGAAGGUCGAUCAUUGUUAAAGCAACAAAGAGAAAAGCGUCCAUGAUUGCACUAGCCGCAUUCGGUUUUGCUUGUGCAAGUUGUAUCCUUUAAUUUUGAUAAGACAUACGCAAAAGUUAGUUGUAAUUGUCUGUCUUUAUCACUAAUAAAGAAACCAGUUGCGUAUUUUUUGUAAAGGUCAAAAAAUUUGGUGCUUAAGAGCUAGACUUCUCUCACAGAACUCAUCGAGACGUAAAAUCGUUCCAGUCAUUUACUAAAACAACAGUUACAGUCAUUUAAUGUUAAAUAUACGUACAGUGGAAAGUUGACAAAAUAAAUACAAGUAAUAUUAAAAACUUUACAAAGUAAGCUUGUCAGUCAUAUCUCCACAACACCAAGCAUCCCAAAAACGUGCACCUAUUCAUGGGUUAUCCGUGAUCUCGUAAAAUUUUAUGCUACGGUAUUGCUUAAAUGGAGAUAAAGUGUCUGCAUUAGUGACGUUACUCCUUAUAGGAAGUAAUAUUUCAGGCGAUAGUGUCUAAUAAACUAUUUCCAUUUUUGCAGACAUUGUCGUGUUUACUAAUGAACGUGAAUCUCACUCUAUCGCGUAACUCGAAUUUAAAAUAUUCAGAUAAAACCACAUGUGAAGUCCGAUUUUCAGACGCAUAUAUGUAUAUAUAUCACGGUUAGUAAUGGACCUGAUGAACAUCAAUUUUUAUGCUUUUAGCACCGUUUCAAGUAUAUGGAUUAUUGUCAACCCUAGCCAUUGGUUGUAUUUCAGGCUUUUCACAGUCAGAUAAUCCCUGUAACGUUUUCGAGCUCCUGCCGCUAAGAAAAUACGUUUUGGACAAUAUUUGAGCACUUCAGUCAGGCUUAAGAUAUUCACCAACCUAAAAUGGAACCUACGUCGGGCUUCCCAGUUUCUUUUUGGAGAAAAUAAAGUGCUGGUAAGGCCAUCUCAGGCGAUGGGUUUUUCUCAGUACAACCCUUCUUGGAAUUGGUCUACAGGAGCUGAAACCAUUUGUUGAUGGUUCGAUAGUAAUGUCGUUAGUCAUAUAAUACGCGCGUCAUUCUGGCCUUAUAAGCUUGCUUGGAGCGCAAUCGUGAAUAUUGUGUUCCAAAAGACAAUAGAAAACGAGAUUAUGUCAAAUACGAAUUUAUUAAGUACUUUAUUAACUGGUUAUUUCACCUCUAGUCCUUCUGUGAUAGGCUAAACAGGUUUAGUAUAGCUAGUCUCUCGUAAUGCAGUAAACACAAUAUUCUGACAAUCAGUGUAGUUGUUUCCUUAACGUUUUGAACAGCUUGCUAUCUUUUCUAAAGAGGACGAGAUGAUUCGUACGGAAUACUCGCGUUCUCUGAAUAAAUCCUGCAUACAAUGGAGUGAUAUAUAUAGUAUUCAUUAGUUCAUUUAUUAUUAGCACAUAUGUAGGUUUGCAACUAGAUCGCUAGUAGUGGGUAUUUGUAUAAUCAAUAUUUUGCUUAACUCCUUAAAGAGCAUUUAGAUGUUUACUCUUUGUAUGCUAUAAACCGAAACCGAGAGCUUGGUGCUUCAUUCGAUCAACAGCCUUCAUAUACCUCUUCAGAGUGAUUUAGCGAGCUUUAAUAUCAUUUGAUGCUAAUGUGUACUCGGGAAGUUAUCUAUAUUUGUACCUCAUCCUUAGUAAUCGGUUAAAUAUACAUAUAUUCAUAUAUAUUCGAUCGUUAUUCUUCCUGUGUUUACUGUCUCCGUUGCUUCAUAUCAAACAUUUAUGGUCAUUUAAGAGUGGGCUUAGAAUAAUUCUAAGACGGAGAAAACGUGUGGCAUCCUCAAAUAGUUUUCUAGUCGUAAUGAUGAUGCGAGGGCUUUGUAUUCAUUAAUGAGUGUAAGAGAACCUUGAAUUGUGAAGUUAUCUAGGCUAUAUUUAUAUCAACCGUUUUAACGCUAAUAGAUUUGACUAGAACGUACAUGUUUAUAAAGUUGGUGACGCAGACGAUUUGUCCUAAGGGCUGAUAACUCAAAAAAUUCCAGGCUGGUAUACAAGUUACAUGUAGUGACUCAUAAACCAACUUGUGUUCAUUUUCAUCCAUUUCCAGUACAUUCUAAUUAUAUUUAGCUGCAUAUAUAUAAGGCAUUUGUGUGCAGAGUAUCUGUUUUCUGACGGAAUUUAUAAAACAUUUUUUGGAGAAACAUUUCAUUGCAAUUUUUCGGGAUAUCAUGAAGCAGUUCUAUUACUCAACUAGUGCAUGUCGACGCAAGAAAAGAGCCUUUGGCUGUCAUAUUUGUUGACGCUCCUUAAGUAUGCCACAAUGGAAGAUCAUUCGUAUCAAUUGAGAACGCAUUGAUUAAUGGCCAAGAUUAAAAUGAAUUAAAACACCAGUUUAAUAUGGUCGCUAGGACUUAUUCUAUACAAAAGAAAUAAAAAACUUCUUUGUUAUUUUUAGUCGUUAGGUAAGUUCUCAACACAGUAUUUUGUGUGUUACUCGUGUUAAGUAAGGAGUAUAAUAUUCUAUGUCGUUAACUUCCUAUCUGGUUUGUACUGAUUGACAGAUUCACUACGUUGUUAGGUGUAUGAUGAUGUAUUAAGUUGAGAUCCAGUAACUUUAAAAUUGUAAGUUCCGUGACCAGUCGUAACGGAGAAGCGGUCGAGUGUUAGUGAAAAUUUGAAAUAUUUAGUGUGGUAUGUUUUAAUUGUAUUUUUAUACCUUUAUGCCUUUAGUGAUUUUUAUUUCCCUUCCUUUUUGUCGGUUUAACUCACUACCAACUUAGAUUAUUCAUGGGAAUCCUCUUCUGAAUAAUGAUUCUGUAGUGUGUAUAGAACAUUUGAUUAAUUUAAACUUUAGGCACGAAACUCAGUGUUCACUUAUAAUUUAAAGCAAUUAAUCAGGAAGACGAAAAUGUUAUGCAUUUUCAUACGUUUCUAACAGUCUGAUCACAUACUUUUCAAAGCUCUUAUAUACGAAAACUGAUGAAGUUUGAAGGGGAUAAUUGGGAAUAAAAGAGAAAAGAAAAUAAUACAAUAUAGAAAGCAUUGGCAGUUAACAUACUACCCUAGACCAUAAAAUGCUUUGAAAAUUACCAGAGGAAAUUUAAGGUUACAACCACUUGUUUUUUUUGUAUAUAGAGAUUUUUGUUGGCGAUAAGGACUUCUAGAAACCUAAGGAUCCACUCUUGACGUUUCAGAAGCUAUGUUAAGGUCAGUCCUAUGACCCAUUCCAAUUGCUUGUUCUGAUGGCGAUGAACCUGGUUCCCUACCGCUGCUGUUCAUCGGAGCGUUUGACACACAUAACAAUAAAAAUAAGUUCAAACUUGUUUUGAUUACUUUCAUUUUACGUAGAUUAUGUGGACAAAUUUCGUGUUUAUAGUAUGAUAAUCUUGCAAACAAAUUAACCGUGCGAUUCCAGUAGAACAGAAGGUGUAAACAAGCCAUAAAAUCGGAUAUAACAAACGCCUAUCGACACCUUGACUUUUUUGGUCUGCUUUGUUCAAUUUUAUUUUGUAUUGUGGCUAUAAAUUGACUGAUCUUCAUUUUUGUUUAAAACAUUCAGUGUAAACGUGCCAGAUUCAUAUGAUUAAAUUCUAACGGUUUUUAAGCCUUACCAGUCAAUUAGCAAAACUGAAUAUCAUAACUUUCAGUUUGGGCUAUAGAGAUCGUUGAAUUUCAUUGAAAUCAUGAACCGAUCAGUGUUAGACCACCAUUGAGGACCUGGAAGUACUGGACGGUCAUUUCAUCCUAAUGUGGGACUCCUUGGAAAUGUGCCCCCAUGAUCCUGCACGCGGAAUUUAAGCCCAGGAACUCCGCUCUCGCUCUGGAAGCCUUGGUUAUACGGAAGUUGAAACCCCCUUUAUGUGUUCAAAAACAAUUUGUCCUUACACUUAACCUACCAUGGUAAUACUGAUUUAUUAUGCAGAGUGGUAAUCACAUUUGUUUUUGUGUACUUUAAUAUUUUUCCUUUGUUAUGACUUACCCUUAACCUGUCUGGUUGACCUUUUAAUUUUCAUAUGUAAAUGUUCUUAACAAGUAUAUAUGUGAUCAGAUUGUUCGGAAUGUAUUGCGCAAAUAUAUCACAUAAUUUUGA